UUUGACAAGUACGAUUUGGAGACAAGAGUAAGUGCUACGCGAGGCAUGAUUGUGGACUUUGCAUUCCUCAGUGGGGCCUGGAGUCGGGAGGGUCCUGAUGCUGUUGUUUGUACAGUAAGUUCUGCGGUAUGCAAAUUAUCUGCCGUGGCACUUGGCUGGGAGAAAGCUUUCGGACACGUCGAUAACUAUGGUCUUAUCGAUAGGCAAUUGAUGGGUUGGGUCGAUGUUGACCAAAAGGGCCGGAUUAUACCAGAAUGGGCGGCAUUCGAUUUAUUCAAUUAGUAGGUGGCCGCUUUUGGACCGCUUGUUGCAAUUGUGGCAGAGAACCAAUCUUAGCGCCAUUGUCUAGACUUUGAAUAAAACCAUUCACGUCGUCGUCCUGUGACCCUCACCCUUUUGCCAUCAUGUCGUCUGCCGUUCAACGUCGUAAUGUCUCUGAGGCCUAUAGACAUCUCGCGUCUUCGAACGAUGCUCCUCUCGACUACCAACUCGUCGAAAUCCGCCAUGUUCUAGCCCAAGCCCUGGAAUCUUUGGACGCGUUCAAGCAACAAUUGGAAGUCGACGACGAAGACCUAGAUAUACUUAUGAGGCAGCCGAUUGCCCAUGAGGAGGCUACACUGGGAGAAGAAGAGCACGCUGAGAUUCGUGGUAUACAGGAGUUCAUCAAGUGCCACCGACCCAUCACGUCCGCCAUCCGCCGCUUUCCCGCAGAGAUCAUUGCCGAAAUUCUCCUUCACGCUCGUCCAGGAUGGCGUCAACUUGAAGAGUACCCGAUUGUCCACGACACAAACUGCGGGCCUUGGAGUUACAGUCGUGUCUCCUACCUGUGGCGUGGCGUAUCGCUAUCCCUGCCUCAAAUUUGGUCGGACCUCACCGUUGAUGAGCUGACUGCGACCGAGUGUCGCACCCGGCUUAAUGUUUUGAAGCUCUGGUUGAAGCGUUCGGGAAAUAAAACCCUCCGGAUUGUUGGCAAUAUCCAGGGUGAAGCCAUCAUACCUCAAUAUGAGGAUAUGAUGCGGAUGCUUGCCGCUGAGAACCAUCGUUGGGAUAUCUUCAUGUGGAACGUAGCACUGCUCAGACGUAAAAGCGCCCCUGCAGAGGGAGACGAAGCUUUUUGUCGGCAAGAGACUCUCGCAGCAGAAAUUUGGGAUGGCCCUGCAGACCAGGACAUUCUGCGACCUAAUCUCCGGAUGUACUACCUUGGAGGUUCCGACGUUGAUAGCGAUCCUUUCCGCCUUUUACGAUGCGCGCCCAACCUCGAAGCUUUAUCUUUGGGCAUCGAGAUCCAGGACCGUUUCCUCCCGGACAACACGAUGGUGUUUACGAAUAUCCAGCGUUUGGAGGUUGAUUUCACGAGCUUCGACUUGAUCCAGUACCUGACGUUGCCCUUCCUUAACGCUCUUGUUGUCACGACGUUCAGUUUUCGAGUGGUCGCCGAGUUCCUCCGUCGGUCACAAUGUCCCCUGGAAACGUUGUCUAUCCGCGAUCCCGUCCCUCUUGACGCGCGCAUGGUUCAGGUUCUUGAGGUCGUCCCUACUGUGAAGGAACUCCUCUUGUCCUGGACACAGGAGUGUACUCCUGGAUCCGCCCCCCUUGACCACGAGACAAUUCUUGAGAAACUUACUGUCAAAGAAGGCCGCCCUCUCCUCCUCCCUUUGUUGACCACUUUCUCGAUGGACGUCGACAACGAUACCGAUCUCGAUGCUUUGCUUGAUAUGCUGGAGUCGCGUUGCACUGAGAUGGAGGACCAGCCGUUGACGGAUGUCACUUUCACCUGCGAUGACCUAGACCCUGGUCUUCCUCUGCUCCGCAUGAGAGGUGGUCUUGCAGGCCUGAAGUUCCGGCACGGGUUGAAGGGUACUAUCCUUAGGCAUGGGGUUCACUGCGAGUUAGAAUUGUCAUUUUUGGACCGACGUCGAAGGUCACUGCUUAGGUGUCCGCGACGAACGGAUGUAGCUGAAAACGGGAAUAGCAUUGGCAUCAAUCUGGAAUCGGCUGAUGACUCUGACCCCGAAGACUAGUCUUAUUUUUAUGGGAUGCAUACAGCGAUACUUGCAAUUGGUUGCCAUGUACUAAGCAAGCUAAAUCUGACUUUGAUUGGUAAGUACUUAUUCCUUAGUACUUGAUCCAUCCCUUGGUGUGGUGCCAAUACAUACAGUCUCUAUGUUUCACGUU